GGAAAUUCUCAAAGCAAAUUAUCUCCUGGAGAAAACCAUGUGGAAGUACCUGGUCAAGCAAGGGCCAGGGACACGGAUGGACGCCGCGGCUGCCGCGAAUGCCGCGGAGGAGACCAGUGCAACGGACGCCAGCGCUCUUGCUGCUGUCUCUUGCUGCUAUCUAUGCGUAGUUUUGUGUUGCGUUUCUGUGCGAUAGACAUGGUGACGGUUUGUCGUGCCUGCGGACCGGCAUGUGACGUGCGUGUUAUGCGCGGCCCCUGCAGGUGAGAAGCGCAUGGCCCAGGAGGGCUAUGACGCGGACGGCAAGUCCACUGCGGCGGUGGCCAUGGGUGAGAAGCGCAUGGCCCAGGAGGGCUAUGACGCGGACGGCAAGUCCACUGCGGCGGUGGCCAUGGGGGUGGCGGUCAUGGCAGUCGACGGCUACGAUGAGGUCGGCAGGUCCAUUGCGGCACGUAGCGCGGGCGCUGCCCGUGCGGAAAAGGCCGGUAUGUUCAUCUGGGCACCCGUCUGGCCCAAGCUGCACGAGUGGGUCAAGGCCCACCCCUCCAGAACGGUGGACUGGACCGCGGCCGAAAAGCACCUGCGGCGGGAGUUCCCGGAUAUCCCCGUCGGUGCCUUCGAGUGCAACAGUACCGGCAGGACCAAUUAUUCUAGGUGGAAGAGGCUGUCCAACCCGUAGGCUAGAGGCGCGGAUAGGGCUAACACUGAUUAUAUCCAAAAAUCGUUGAGCCUGGUACAACUUGUGAUUGACUUUAAAACGGCAGGCAGCAGGAACAGGAGGGGGACGAGGGGGACGAGGAGGACGAGGACGAGGACGACUAGUCCAGCUGCUGGUUGCAGGCGUGCGGCCCCUGGCGCUGUGGAUAGUGGGGACUGUUUGGGUGAUGUCACAGCGCGUGUGUGGAUGUGAGACGCCAGGGGCUGCAGUUCAUAGAUAUCGUGGUAACCCGCCUUUGUGGCGGACAGGGGGGCUUAAGUCCCUUCCUUGGGGCGUGCUAGGAAGAUGGUGGAGAGGAGACCCCUACGCCGUGUGGGGAGGUUGGACUGGAUGUGGAGAGACUCGACAUAGGGAGAUGCGUGCGCCCAAAGCGGGCUGUACUGCUAGGUACGUCUAGGUACUGCUCUGGAGUCCCGCAGCCAUAUGUUUUGCCCGGUGCCUG